CCUCCCACGUACGUCCUCGCUCCCGCGUCCCGUGCGUCGUGACGCACCCGGUCCGCCGCGCGAGGAAGUGGCGCUGUUGUUUGAGCGACGGGACCGUCUCGCUCUGUCUCGUGGGUUCAUCUGAAGAGGUUUUAUCGUGUUUCGGUGAGUUCUGCCGUUCAUGAACGAGGACUGACCGCGCUCAACAGCUCUCUCGUGCCGUCCGGUCAACAUAAUCGCGAGUAAUGGCUGCUGAGGUCAAUGGCAGCUCUGGUCUGGCCAAAGAAGAAGAAGAGCCCAUGGACGUGUCGGUCACACACUCGGAGAACUACCAGACGCUGCUGGACGCCGGACUGCCGCAGAAGGUCGCCGAGAGCCUGGACAACAUCUUUCAGACCGGUCUGGUGGCGUACGCGGAUCUGGACGAGCGGGCGCUGGACGCGCUGCGGGAGUUCAAUGAGGAGGGGGCGCUGUCGGUGCUGCAGCAGUUCAAGGAGUCGGACCUCUCACACGUGCAGAACAAGAGCGCCUUCCUGUGUGGCGUGAUGAAGACGUACCGACAGAGGGAGAAGCAGGGCAAUAAAGUGCAGGAGUCGACGAAAGGCCCCGACGAGACCAAGAUAAAGGCUCUUCUGGAGAGGACGGGAUACACUCUGGACGUCACUACAGGACAGAGGAAGUACGGCGGCCCGCCUCCAGAGGAAGUGUUCUCCGGCCCGCAGCCGGGCAUCGGCACCGAGGUGUUUGUGGGUAAGAUCCCGCGAGACCUGUACGAGGACGAGCUGGUUCCUCUGUUUGAGAAGGCCGGUCCGAUCUGGGAUCUGAGGUUAAUGAUGGAUCCGCUCACCGGGCAGAACCGUGGCUACGCUUUCAUCACCUUCUGCAGCAAAGAAGCGGCGCAGGAAGCUGUCAAACUGUGUGAUAACUAUGAGAUCCGCUCGGGCAAAUAUCUGGGCGUCUGCAUCUCUGUGGCCAAUAACCGGCUGUUCGUCGGGUCCAUCCCCAAGAACAAGACCCGGGAGAGUAUCCUGGAGGACUUCGGCAAAGUCACAGAGGGUCUGCAGGAAGUGAUUCUCUACACACAGCCGGACGAUAAGAAGAAGAACCGCGGCUUCUGUUUUCUGGAGUAUGAGGAUCAUAAAUCGGCGGCUCAGGCCCGCCGCAGGCUCAUGAGCGGGAAGGUGAAGGUUUGGGGGAACCCUGUGACCGUGGAGUGGGCCGACCCUGUCGCCGAACCCGACCCCGAGGUCAUGGCCAAGGUCAAGGUGCUGUUUGUGCGUAAGCUGGCCACGCCGGUCACAGAGGAGCUGCUGGAGAAGACCUUCUCCCAGUUUGGCAAACUGGAGCGCGUCAAGAAGCUCAAAGACUACGCUUUCGUUCACUUUGAGGAGCGAGACGCUGCCGUCAAGGCGAUGCAGGAGAUGAACGGUAAAGAACUGGGCGGCGAGGAGAUCGAGAUCGUGUUGGCGAAGCCUCCAGAUAAGAAAAGGAAAGAGCGACAAGCUGCGAGACAGACCAGCAGAAACACAGGGUAUGACGACUACUACUAUUACCCUCCUCCUCGCAUGCCUCCUCCGGGGCGUGGCCGCGGGCGUGGCGGCCGAGGCGGUUAUGCUUAUCCGCCCGAUUACUACGGUUACGAGGAGUACUACGACGACUACUAUGGUUACGAUUACCACGACUACCGGGGCGGCUACGACGACCCCUAUUACGGCUACGACGACGGCUACACCAUGAGGGGGCGGGGCAGUCGUGGCAGCCGCGGAGCUCCGCCUCCUCCCAGAGCCCGCGCGGCGCCGCCACCCGCUGGCAGGGGCGGGUAUCCUCCGAGGGGAGGGGCUCCCAUGGGGGCGGGGCGGGGCGGCCGCGGAGGGCGGGGCGGGCCCUUCCAGCCUCCCAGGGGCCGUGGCACCAGAGGCGCUCGAGGGAACCGUGGCGGCAACGUGGGAGGGAAGAGGAAGGCCGACGUGUUCAACCAGCCGGACUCCAAACGCCGCCAGACCGCCAACCAGCAAAACUGGGGCUCGCAGCCCAUCGCCCAGCAGCCCCUGCAGCAGGGCUCCGACUACGCCUCCAGCUACGGUUACAGCAACGACACGCUCGAGUUCUCCCAGGAUUCCUACGGCCAGCAGUGGAAGUAGAAGCUCCUGCACCACCUGACACCCACCCGCCCUCUUCCUGAGAAACAAGAUCGUGAUUGGCCAGCAGUGUUUGUUUGACUUUUCUAUCCUCCAAUAGCCCUGUAGAUUCUGUCCGUGGCCCUGAAGAGCCGCACGGCUCUGGAACAGACCACUUUUAUCCCUACAUCCUCCUUGUUUUAAAGUCCACGAUGAACAUUUUAAAAGAAGACACUGAUACUUCCGUGUGAGAGGACGUUCAAAUCAUGAAAUGGCCUUCCAGAAAGAUGUGUUGUCCUUCCCACAGUCCUCCGUUCUCCUCGUCUCUUUCUCUUUCUCUCAGUACUAGUGGCUUAGGGACUCGCUUGUAAAUAAUGGCUGUUGACUAGAGCUUUGUUUCAGCGUUUUGUUUUCUUUUCCUUUGUUUUUUUGCAGAAGUGGAGAAAAGAAUCCACGAGAAGGAAAAAAAGAGUUUUGUAGCAGGAUUUGCUGUUUAAGUGUCUGUUUAGCAUUUCUAGAAGUAGUUGAAUUGUGUUUUUUAAAAACUGAUAUACUGAUAUUAUAACUUCAGAUGUUUUUUUCCAUUUGGGAUUUGCUGGUGAGGGUUUUGGUCUGGCUUACCUUAAGAGCUACGGCCGGCUGGUCUGAUGUUUGUAUUUAUAACUUUUAUUUUUUGUUUGUUCAGUUUCAAUAAAACUCAAUCGAGCAACUUC